AGAAAUUUGCGUUCGUGUGCAAGUAUAGUAAAAUUUCAGUCAUAAACAGUCAUUCGUCGUGAAAGGCACGAGAAAAUUAACCAUCGCGGCCGCAAUUUAAAAAAUGUGAAGAACACUCAUCAAGUGCAGCUUUUGCCCGUCCUCGUAGAUUAUUGUAUUCCGGUAGCGUGUUAAAUUUUAAGUCCUAUUUAAUUAUUUAAAUAUCUUAAGAGUAAGAAUAGCAUCGCAAUGAAUCAAGAGAUUCGUAUCAAGACGAGACACUUUUACGCCGUGCUAGUGAUAUUAGGCUUCCUGCUAAUCUAUAGCUUAAGUUUCAACCGAGGCUGUGAUAGCACCGAUCAAGAGCACACGGUUCUACAAUCGCUCAAGAGCCGGGAAGCUUUUAUUCCUAACCAGAAGGGACCAACCAUCUAUGCUAUAACGCCGACGUAUGCAAGACCGGUACAGAAGGCCGAACUAACCAGGUUAUCACACGUAAUACGCCUCGUGCCGAAUGUGUUUUGGUUGAUCGCUGAGGAUGCAGAUCAUACAUCUGAGCUGGUGGCGAGUCUGCUUCGUAGGAGUGGCCUGCAAGACAGAAGUGUUCAAUUGUCUGCCAAAACACCGACAAAUUUCAAGCUGCAAGGAAAAGAUCCCAACUGGCUAAAACCUAGAGGUGUAGAACAGCGCAAUAAGGCUUUGGAGUGGGCUAGAAGACACAUGGUCGAAAAUGGGGGACGUGAAAGGCAUUCUGUUGUCUAUUUCAUGGACGACGAUAACACAUACAGUACAGACUUAUUUGCAGAAAUUUCUAAAAUCGAGCGCAAUAAGGUUGGCGUAUGGCCCGUUGGCCUAGUCGGAGGGUUAAUGGUCGAGAAACCGGUACUGAAUCGAGAUGACAUCGUGCUUGGGUUCAACAGUGCCUGGCGUCCGGAGAGACCUUUCCCCUUGGAUAUGGCUGGGUUUGCUAUCAGCUCGGAUCUCUUACUGGAUAAUCCCCAGGCACAAUUCAGCUACGAGGUGGAACGUGGCUACCAGGAAAGCGAAAUCCUACGGCACCUGACCAUCGUUCAUGAGAUGCAACCGCUGGCUAAUAAAUGCACGGAAGUGCUGGUGUGGCACACUCGCACAGAGACACCCAAACUUGAUGCCGAAAAAGUGCUCUUGAAAGCUGGCAAACGUUCGGAUGUUGGAUUAGAAGUUUAAGAAGAGUUACACCUAAGUAGGAGUGCUAUUCACUCGGAAGGGUUUUAACUAACACAGUCAAAGUUGACGCAAAACAUGUGUGGCUUACAAAAAUGUUCAACAAUAGUUUGAAGCUGACUGGUGCAGUGAUUAUGCGCUUCGGUACCCGGUACUGUCCAUUAAUUAAAUUUAAAUCGAAUUAAAACAGAUAAACUGUCGUAAAGGUUUGCACACUAGUUUUCCUACUUCUCAUUAAUGAUAAAACUAUUGUAGGUAUUUAUAAAUUAUGCUCAUUUACGUAGGGUACAGCGCUACUUCAUCGUAAUCGCCUAUUUCCGUUCUAUCGAGUAGAAUACAUAAAUAAUAUCAAUGAUUUCACCGUGCACAAAUCAAUAAUACGUUUGUUCCGAUACGUUAGUUAAAAAGCUACAACACAAAGCCUAUUAGAGCGCACGGUAUGAUUAUUUACAUCCAUUGUUCUAGAAAACAAAAGAUGCGCUCCUAGCGAAUCCAUUUUUGCUGCCUUCAACCGUAUGACGAAGAAAAUCCAAUGGAGUUUAAAUGCGUUUGGGCGUAAUUGAAAGUCGUAGGACGAGUUUGGAAUGAAGCAGCUGUUGCAGAUUUUUAACAAUAUCUCAACAAUCUCUGAUUCUUUAUCAAAUCGAAAGGUACAUAUGGAUAGGGAAAUCAAUUUAGAAGUCAUCUUUAGUAGAAUAAUUCCGUGUUUUUGUUCAAAUUUGAUCGAAGAACAGAGGUAAAGCGCGGGCUGUGCUUAGGACGGGAAUUAGACCAAAAACCCUACCAGUAUUAUUUUACCUAACACCACUUUGAUAUAUGCAUCCAUAUUAUAGAAAAGUAACUUAUUUCUAUAUGUUUUACCAUUUUCGAACUGAUCCAGUGUUUGAAAAAGCUGUAAAGACCAAUAAGUUGGUAUUGAUUUUUUGCUCACAUUUAUUAGUUUUUUUUUUUCGAGAGCUGACUGCACUCGUUAAUCUACACUGUAAGUUCAAUCGAUUAUUAGGUAACUAUACAGAACUACCAUCCCAUCUUCCGGUAAAGUCUAAAAUUUUGCUUGUAGAACGUAAGUAAUAUGAUAAAUGAGUUUUCAAUACAUUUUUUACAUUAAUUAAAUCUUCCCUGUUAACCUAUAA